AUGGAUACGGGACAAGGCUCUGAAGUCUUGGAGAGCAAUAUACUCUACAUUUUGACAAGCAAAUUUGAUAAUAAGUAUGGCCCAACUAUAGUAAGUCAAUACCCCAAACACAUAGCAGGAUUUGCCCAAAAGGGAGCUCAAAAAACCAUUCAAUUAGCCAGUCUUAUGAUACCCAAUAACAUCGAACACCGUGCUGCCGCUGGAGCAGAUUGUAACACUUUCAAAUUGUAUUUUAACAAGAUCGAUUCAAGUUAUCAGCUACUUCCUCCCAUAAAUGAGCAAAUAGAAGAGAACAGCAAGGAACCAAGCCAAAUAUCCUUCAUAAACUUAGUCAGAGCUCAGAGUGACAAGAAUGAUUCAAGAGGAAGUAAGAUACGAUCAAUUGCAUUAGGUACAACCCUGAGUAACGUGGAAAUUAUGAAACCCUUCUUGUUAAUGGCACUAGAAGAUAUGAUGCUAAAAGAUGACGAUGACAACGACAAGUUAGUCAAGAAUUGUUUUGGCACAUUGAACAGCAUUGAUUUGUCGGCUGUGCGUGCAAUUCUGGAGGACCAGCCAUUACAGCAGAUGCUACAGGCAGUGGUCAAUAAAAAUUCCUUAAAUAAUGCACUGGAUGAUAACACAGAGAGCGCAACCAGAGUACGAAAGAUGUUGAAACUUACACCUAUAGACAGGUAUGGAAACAGAAUGUUGCUCGAUAAAGGCAGAAUACGAAUUCAUUUCGAUCAGUACGCAGCUGAUAGCCAAUUCAAUCAUUUGACAAAAGAUCCAUUAUCGAUCGACCUUAUAGCAUGCCUCCCAAUGCAUGCAAAGACGUGUGGGCAUCCCUUACUCUCUUUUCUUCAGAGAUUAGUCCCUUUAUUGGAGAACAUACCCUCAACUAACUAUUCUUUCAAGAUUAUUAUUAAUUCGGAUAAGUCCUCGAAGGAGCAACUUUGUCAGUUUGUGAUUGCAUUAUCGAGCCUAUUUGGAUGUUUCCCACAUGUCAGCAGUUCCAGAAGUCCGUGUGCAAUAAGUCUACCAUAUAUUGAGGUUUCCAUGAUUAAUACUAUCAAACAAUAUUUUGAAAAGCAUUGCAAAUCACUAACAUUUUGUGUGAUGGGCACUGCUAAUCCCAUCUUCAAGCAUCACACUGAGCUGUGGGAUUUUUACUAUAAUCUUGAUGAUGAGACGAUGCUUUUAUCUAAUGACAGGUCGGAUAAUCAAAGGAAUAGCUUAUGGGACCCUCAACUAUUAAAGAAAUUUUUGCAUAUGAACAUCAACGAGAUGGCACCAUUUCAAAACCAGGACCACAUAAGAAUAGGUUUGCUGGCAAAAUUUCUCGGCAUUAUAAAAGAAGAGAAUCCAAAUAGUAGCGAAGCAUUGAGUGCACUGAAGAAAGUGAACGUAAUACAAUUAAUGCAUCUGAAUAACAUAUUAAAUUUCGGUCACGGACGCGAUUUCAACCUACUAAAUUCAUAUUUGAUUGGCUACAAAGACUUUGUGAUAUUUGAUGAGUUUUUCAGGCCUGCAUCACUACAGUACAUGAGGUGGUUUACCACCUUGGAUUCAAUCAUUGAUUGUCUCUUUCGGUCGGAUCAGAAUUUGUCUGAGAGACAACAAGAUCUCGGCAGCUUGCAUGACAUUCUAACCGAUAUUUUGCAAAACAUCGGCACCAGCACUAGCAAUCUCGAGGCCUUUCUGGCGAGCGGGUUCAACUACCCGUUCUUGCGAUCAUCCGUGGGCGGUAAUCUUCUAAGGAAGGACUUCGCUGGUAUUAAUGUACAGAAGGAGAUCCAUGAAAAUUGGAAAAAAGGUAAAUCGUGGCUACAUAUUGUCGACCAAGAGAGUAUUGGUGAUGGUGUCAUAAAGUAUUUUGUGAGAGACAGAAGUCUAAAUCUACUUUCUUUACCUCUUCUCUUGAACUCCAACAUCCGCAGGCCAAAAAACUCAAAGACAAAAAGCCUUGAUAGAAACUCAGGGACUAGCGCAUUACCAGUUUCCACUGCUACAGCAAGUUUAAAUAGUGAUUAUGAGGGUAGAAGGCCACGUUCAAUGAGUCUUAAAUGGAUGUUGAAUCUAGCAAAUCCCAGAAGUAGAGACAGUAUAUUGGACACAGUUUCCCUAAGAUCUGGCUCUGACGUUUCCGUUUACUCAUUUCCUUCAGCAACAAGUUAUCCCAUGACUAAUGGAAGUGGUUCAUCAUCAUCCAUGUCAUCAGCGUCAUCUUCGAUAUCGUCAUCCUCAUCCAAGGUGAGCUUUAAGUUCCUGCGAGGCGAAACAGAGAAGAUCAAGAAACUUUCCUUUGAAAUACUAUCAAAGAUAGAGGAACACCCGAUAGGUGAAAUCUUGAUUAAGAGCUCUCUCAACCCUUUCUUACAGUUGGUCUAUGAAGGAUCUAAAGUUGAAUUUGCAAAAAACCUGAAAGACACUACGCGUACCUAA